UUUACUUGAAAUACUAUAACAGUGAUGUUCAGAUUUUUUUCAGCAGUGUUGCAAGAAAGGAUGAAAGGAAAUAAGGAUUGCAGGCUAAGCAGGAAAUGAUGAAAUUCACAAUGCAAUAACUUAAGGGGAAGUAAAGGCUUAAAUGCGUAAGUUUAGACUUUAUUCAAAAUCUGAGGAUGGACAGUCAAUCACAGAUAGUUGUAUGUUAGUUUAAUUCUGUAUAGAUGGCAUUUCGGCUUGGUAUCAUCCUGGUGAUCCUGUUAGAAAUCAAAGGUACCAGCUGCUUAUGGACAGUAAGCAAGAUAACAGCUAAAACCGGGGGCUCCGUCACUAUUCCCUGUAACUACCAUCUUAAUAACAAGGAGCAACCUAAAUACUGGUGCAAAGGAAGGAACUGGUCAACAUGCAUGACAUUACGACCCACCAACCAAACGGAGAAGCGACCAGGCAUCAGCUUUCACAACGACCCAGAUGAACUGGUAAUGACCAUGACAAUGACGAACCUCCGCACCAGUGAUUCAAACCGUUACUGGUGUGCGGUGAAGAUUGGAGGUCUCCUCCGCUCAGACAUGAAAACAUCUCUUGAUCUUACCGUCACUGAGGGUAUUCCAGAUCUGUCAGUGGCCAGCAAUAUGGUCUCGAGUGAAGAAGGAGGCAAUAUUACGGUUGAGUGUAUCUACAGUGAAAAACUUAAAAGUAGUGAGAAGAAGUGGUGCUUAAGUAGACUUUUACACUCCUGUCAAACGGCUCGGGAUUUAAAGUCUUCAGCUGUACAGAUAAAUGAUACAAAUGAUGGAGUUUAUCAGGUGACAAUGACAGGUCUGAAGAAGACAGAUGCGGGCUGGUACUGGUGUAUGGCUGGUGGGCUGCAGGCUCCGGUUCAUAUUAAUGUCACUUCAGUGCAAUUCAAUGCAACCAACACAGGACCCUUCACAUCUACUACAAUACCUUGGUCAUCCUAUACUCCAACUAAAUCAUUUACUAUUAAUCCAUUAACGUUUACUAAUGUAAACAGUCAUAAUUCAGGAGCAACAUCAAAGUUACCUGAAAGUAGUUCAGAUGAAAAUGAGAAGAUAUCCACCACAUCACCAAAGCAGCUUCCCACUACAAUAGAUUCCUCAACUUAUCCAACCACAAUAAACAAAAACUCAUCUCAUUUUAGUGGUGUUACGACACUACUAACCAGCGGAUCAGCAACUGUUGGCAGUAACUCUCCAGUUACUGUAUCAUCUAAAGAUCAUAAAUCUCCUUUUGAGUGCAGAGAUCUUGUUUGUGUGAUUAUGCUUGUUUGUGGAGCAUUGCUGCUUAUAUUUAUUAUAUCUGGAAUAUGGACAAUGUGGUCAUGGCAUAGGAAAGCAAACACAGGAGAGGAUGCUACAGAAAUAACAACAGAGCUACUGUACAUGAAAGCAAACGACAAGGAUGAUCUUUGAAACAAUGAGUGGACAGCUAUUUCAGUUGCCUGUAUCACCACAGGCUCAGACACUGUCAUAAUAACAUAUAAACAGCCAAAAAUGCAAUGAAGAUGCUGUAUCGUUUCAUAAUUAAAUGUAUAGCCUAUGUAUAAUUAUUAACAUAGACUAAUAAUAAUAAUAAUAAUACAUAUAACUAUUAUUAUUGUGUAAGAAUAUAUUUUUAUAUUUAUAAAUAUGUGUUGGUAAACUUUAGACUUUUAUUUCUACACAUAAUGACGGACUCUUAUUUUGAAGUGUCUCCCCGCGGGUUGCAUAAAAGGUAAAGGUGAUUACUGCGCGUAACCA